AUGACGCUAUCCAACUGCGUCGGUAUCACCGUUACGCCAUCCAACGGCGUAGGAAGCUCCGUAACGCCAUCCAACUGCGUACUACUAACACAUACGCACUAUGCCAUUGCGGUGCUAGGUCCGAAACAACAUCACAUUGCGGUGCUGGCACUCUACCACCUUACCACUGCCGUGCUGGCACCCUACCGCCUAAACACAGCCGUUCCGGCACCGUACCGCCUUACCACUGCCGUGCUGGCACCCUAUCGCCUAAACACAGCCGUUCCUGCACCUUACCGCCUUACCACUGCCGUGCUGGCACCCUAUCGCCUAAACACAGCCGUUCCGGCACCGUACCGCCUUACCACUGCCGUGGUGGCACCCUACCGCCUAACCACAGCCGUUCCGGCACCGUACCGCCUUACCACUGCCGUACUGGCACCCUACCGCCUAAACACAGCCGUUCCGGCACCGUACCGCCCUACCACUGCCGUGCUGGCACCCUAUCGCCUUAACACAGCUGUUCCGGCACCGUACCGCCUUACUACUGCCGUGCUGGCACCCUACCGCCUAAACACAGCCGUUCCGGCACCGUACCGCCUUACCACUGCCGUGCUGGCACCCUACCGCCUAAACACAGCCGUUCCGGCACCGUACCGCCUUACCACUGCCUUGCUGGCACCCUAUCGCCUUACAACUGCCACUGGCACCCUACCUCCUUACCACUGCCCUGCCGGCACCCUAACGCCUUACCACUGGCGUGCCGGCACCGUUCCGCCUUACCGCUGCCGUGCUGGCACAUAA